AUGAUGAAUAGGGAGGUAAAAGAACAGGGUUAUAAAGAUGUGGAAAUAAGGCCCUACGACGGAGAAGAAGGGUCUUCUUCAGGACUACUGAUUUUCCAGUCCAAACUUUCUAAAGGACCAGAGAUGGUCAUCAAUGCCAACAAUGAGAAUAAUAGUAAUGGUAAUGAUGAUGUUAAGGUAAUGAGCCACUUUCCUUAUAAUUUAGUAAUAAAAGUAGCUACAUCAGAACCAAGAGAUGUGCUACAGUCGGAACGUACAUGCUUGACUUUUGUUCGGUUUGCCGCGGCUUUGUUCUUCACCGCAUUGGGUAUAAUUUUGAAUUUCAAAUUAGACACUUCGGGCAAUAAUUUGCUAGAUAAGCCUGGUAAGCAUCCUCGUGGUUUUAACCACUCAAAGUACUCGCAGGCCGCAUCCUUUGUGAUGUUGAUACUCUCAUUGCUUGUAUUGGUGAUCAGCACAAUAAACUAUUUUAUUACGAUUAAUCGAUAUGCGCAACGCAAAAUCGAAACGUAUAACUUUAAUAACUUAACUACAAUGAUUUGCAUGACUGGGAUAAUAGUAUCAUUGGGCGUGAUAAAUAUCACAAUGAUUAUAGAAGGGUUUUUGGAGGAGUCUUGA